AUGUCGCCUUACUCGUCCUCCAUUCACACGCAUGGGUCAAGACCUCAAAACUAUCAUCCAUCGAACCCGCAAAGGAAUGCUCGGGUUGAGCCUUCCGGAUCUGCAAACCAACCAGCCCAACAGGAUGUUGAGGCAACGCCAGUAGCAGAAGGUCAAACGCAAGCCGAUCCGACCUUAUCAAUGGUGCAUAAUCUCUUAUCUCAAGUACUACAUCGAGCCAUACCCGGUAACGGCAAUGGAGUGCCGCCACCACCAGAUUUUCUGAAGAUAGUAACCAUUAUGAAGACGUUGGGGACUUACCACUUUGAAGGAGAGCCAGAUCUUUACCAGGCGGACGCAUGGCUACAAAGCAUCGAAAGGAAUUUCGCUGCAACUAGGUGUCCAAUCAACUUCAAGAAGGACGUUGGAAUCUACUAUCUACGGAAGGACGCACUAAACUGGUGGGAGAGUGUGGAUCGACAAAAAGGCCAGUAUGUCAAUACUUGGGAGAAGUUCAAACACGAGUUUGAGCAGAAGUAUUUUCCACCAGAAGCACGGGAUCGUCUAACUCAAGAAUUUCUGAGAUUGGAGCAAGGCGAGAAGAGUGUACGAGCCUAUGAAGCGGAGUUUAUGAGGUUACAAAGGUAUGCCUCAUACUGUAACGAGGAUGAUAAAGCCCUGGUGAGACAAUUCAUGCAAGGCUUAAAACCGGAGAUAGGAGGUCGACUACAAUCUGUCACUUUCACCAACCCUCAUGAAGUGAUAGAGAGAGCGGUGAAUGUAGAGACAUAUCUACAAAAGGAGAAAGCCGCGUGGAACAAAAGGAAAAUGGAGUUCAACGCGACAACCAAGUCAAAGAAGGGAGGUCAAUCUUCUAAUCAAGGAAAACCCCACAAGGGUAAUCAGAAGUCUGGAAAUGGAGAUCGAGGAUGCUACACAUGCGGAGAAAAGGGACAUUUCUCAAGAAAUUGUCCUCGUACCUUCAAGACAACAGAAUCUCUCAUGCAUGUCAGAUGCUAUCUUUGUGGCGAAUUUGGGCAUUACGCCACUAGUUGUCCCAACAGAGUUGUUGGAACAGCAGGAGGAUCCGGCAAACAAAACGCACCACCCCGACCAAUGAAAGAAUCCCCGACUAAGCGUCUAACUUCUUCGGGUAAGGUGUAUGCUUUAGAAGCAGGACCAUCAAACCCGUCGGGAUCAAACCAAGGUCCCAUCACAGGAACAAUAUGUGUAGGUGGUAUCCUGACACAUGUUUUGUUCGAUUCGGGAGCGACACAUAGCUUUGUGACUCCCGAAGUAGCAUCUUGUUUUGGUGACGCUUAUAGGAUAGGAUUGGUGGAGGUUUCUGUUGUAACCCCCGGAGACCAAGUCCUUAAAGCGUCUAGUGUCGUGUUAGGUGUGCCUGUUGUUAUGCAGGGAGAGACGUUUUCGGCUGACCUACUAGUCCUACCCCUAGCCCGCUUCGACGUAAUCCUUGGAAUGGAUUGGUUGUCAAGCUACAAAGCUCAGCUUGACUGUGAGAGAGGAAGAAUCACCUUCAAAGGAUCUCAGCGUCAGAAGAUUGCGUACCAAGGAAUCAGUCCUAGUACGGCAGUGGCGUUAGUAGCUGCUCUACGAAUAGAGAAGCAGUUGGAGUGUGGUGAAGCUUAUCUGAUUGCUAUCAGUGUGGUGGAAGAAGAAGAUGACAAGGAGUUGAGGGUGGAAGACAUUUCAGUUGUGUGUGAAUACGGGGAUGUAUUCAAGGCAUUAACUGAAUUGCCCCCAUCCCGGAAGAACCCCUUUACUAUCAGUCUUGAACCAGGAACGGCACCAAUAGCAAGGGCACCAUAUCGCAUGGCCCCAGCAGAGCUAGCCGAGUUGAAGACACAGUUAGAAGACUUGAUGGACAAGGGAUUCAUUCGACCGAGUUCCUCACCAUGGGGAGCACCGGUGUUAUUUGUGAAGAAGAAAGACGGUAGCAUGAGGUUAUGCAUUGACUACCGCGGGAUCAACAACAUCACUAUCAAGGACAAGUAUCCCCUCCCGAGGAUAGAUGAGUUGUUAGAUCAAUUGCGAGGAGCAAGUUGGUUUUCCAAGAUCGACUUAGCCUCCGGAUAUCAUCAGAUCUCAAUCUUUGAGCCAGACGUAUUCAAGACGGCGUUCAACACGAGGUAUGGUCAAUACGAGUUUGUCGUCAUGCCAUUCGGAUUGACUAAUGCCCCGGCCGCAUUCAUGAGAUUGAUGAAUGAGGUGUUUCACGACUACCUGGAUGGAUUCGUGAUAGUCUUCAUCGACGACAUAUUGGUUUACUCCAAAACCAAGGAAGAGCACAAGGAGCAUCUGCGGAAGGUCUUGGAAAGACUAAGAAGUCAGAAGCUCUACGCCAAGUUCAGCAAGUGUCGGUUCUGGAAACGGGAGAUAGGUUUCCUAGGACACAGGGUUUCAGAACAAGGAGUUUCUGUCGACCCCGAGAAGAUAGCGGCUAUACAAGACUGGCCACAACCCACAAAUGCAACAGAAGUAAGGAGUUUUCUGGGAUUGGCCGGAUACUACCGCAAGUUUGUAAAGGACUUCUCAAUCAUGGCGAAGCCAUUGACAAGACUAACCGGGAAAGGAGUUCCAUUCGUCUGGAGUGAAGAAAUUGAGUGUGCAUUCGCCGAGCUAAAAGAAGCAUUGACGAAAGCACCCAUUCUUACUCUACCGGAACCUGGCAAGCCAUAUGUGGUGUAUACGGAUGCAUCACGGAUUGGGUUAGGAUGCGUUCUAAUGCAAGAGGAGAAGGUAAUAGCUUAUGCCUCAAGACAGCUAAGGAAGCAUGAAGAAAACUAUCCGACGCAUGACUUGGAGAUGGCGGCAGUUGUCUUCGCGCUGAAGAUAUGGAGAUCUUAUCUAGACGUUGGAUGGAGUUUAUUGCGGACUACGACGUGA